GCCUUAAUUAUUAAUACCGAUCACUCCUUAUUCAUACUUACACAUACAUGUUCAGAUGAUCCAUAUAUAAACUUACAUUCACAAUGUCACCUAAAAUACGAGUGCGAGGCCCCCGGCUAAGAUCUCAGAAGGUUCAUGUAACCAAAGAAACAGAUAUUAUAGAUAACGAUACCGUGGAGAGAUAUUUAGUUCAAAUACAUCUAAGUUCAGAAGUGCUAUCAAAAUUAUCAUAUCCUUUUAUUGAGACAGCACGUAAUGAAAAUAACGCAACUCCUGAGAUUCAAGUUGAAAAUACCAGGGAAGCAAGCAUAGAAUCCCAAGAUGACCCUAUACCGGUUGUGGCACCAGUGCAUAACCAACCACCCACAGUUCAACUGUCUUCAGAUGACGAGUUAUCAUCCUUGGAUGAUGAACUAAAUGAAAUUCUUGAACAACAAGCAAGAUCAGGGUCAUCAAAUCAAACAACACCGAUG